AUGACAGCAACAAACAACAACAGCAACGAUAUCGUUUCUGAUGAAAAAGUUGAUUCAUUAGUUGAGGAAUUAGUUGAGGAAUUAGCUGAGGAAUUAGUUAUGGCAGAAACUAAAACCCUCAACGAAAGAAUUGGUGAAAACAAGAUUGAUUUACAUAACUACCUCAAAUAUGAUGGAGGGAGAGGAAGGAAAACUGGUAUGGCUUUAUUAGUAAAUAAAAUUUCGAAUUUAACGAUUAUAGAUGUUGAUAUCAAUAAAUCGUACAAUGAUGAACUUAAAGAAAUGGUUAGAAAAGACAUUCUAUCAAAACUUUCGGAUAAAGAUGUUAUCGUUAAAACCGCUUCAGGAGGUCUUCACAUUUAUUGCAACACUAAUUUCUUCUAUGCAGUUUCGAACAGAAUGAUUAAAUGUUAUUCCUGCAAUGAUUAUGAUAUUGACAUAAUGACUUCUAUUGAUGAUUCAAAACG